AUCCCCACCCUGAUCGACAGGAUGCUGCUCUCCUCCACUGCCAAGACAGGGGCAGCAGGGGCUGAGGCUCUGUCCCUGCUGCUGAAGAGGCCUUGGGACCCAGCUGUGGGUGUCCUGUCACAUAACAAACCGAGUAAGCUGCCUGGAUCCCCUCUCAUCCUCAUCGCCUCCUCCGGACCUUCCAACUCCAUGUUCCCCACUUCCCGACGGCACCGCUUCUGGCAGUCGCAGCUUUCCUGCCUGGGCAAGGUGAUCCCCAUCACCACUCACCUCUUGAACAACGGCAGCGGGGUGGGAGUGCUGCAGUGCCUGGAGCACAUGAUUGGGGCUGUCAGGGCUAAAGUGGCUGAGAUUCACAGCCACUUCUCCCACAAGCCCAUCAUCCUGAUUGGGUGGAACACAGGUGCCUUGGUGGCCUGCCACGUGUCGGUGCUGGAGUACGUCACAGCCGUGGUGUGCCUUGGCUUCCCGCUGCUCACCGUUGAUGGCCCCAGAGGGGACGUUGAUGACCCUCUCCUGGAGAUGAAGACCCCUGUCCUCUUUGUCAUUGGGCAGAAUUCCCUCCAGUCCAACGUUGAAGCCAUGGAGGAUUUCAGGGAGAAAAUCCGAGCUGAUAACAGCAUGGUGGUGGUGGGAGGAGCAGAUGACAACCUCAGGAUAAGCAAAGCCAAAAAGAAGUCAGAAGGCCUGACACAGAGUAUGGUGGACAGAUGCAUCCAGGAUGAAAUUGCUGACUUCCUGACCGGAGUCCUCACCCGAGCCGAGAGCCACUCGGGCUCCGACCCCCGCGACCUGGAUGCUGAGAAGAAGAAGAAGCCAAGGGACUGCUCCAGGAGGGACCUGUCCUUUGAGCUGCCUGAGAGGAGCAGCAGGCCUGCCUCCCCUGCAGCCAAAGUGCCAGCCUCACCCUCAGGCUCUGAGGACUUAUCCAGCGUCUCCAGCAGCCCCACCUCAAGCCCCAAGACAAAGAUUGCUGCUGUGUCCUCCAUCCAGAAGCCCAGCCCCAUGGGCACCACACAGCUGCUCAAGAGGCAGGUGCAGAGGAUGGAUGCUGUCCUGGCACACAAGCAGGCACAAGCUCAGUUUGCUGCUUUUCUGAAACAAAACAUGCUGGGCAGGAAAGCUCUUCCUCCUGGCACCUCUUCAUGUCUCUUUGAGCACUUGGAAGGGGGUGACAAAGAUGAUGGACGGACAGCAGUCAAGAGGCAUCAACCCCCCAGCCCAACCCAGUGCAGCAAGGCCUCCAAACGAGCCCAAAUCAAGGUGACCAUUGUCCCUCCUGCUGCCAGCACAGGCAAGGGAGCAGCCCCCAGCACCCAGCCAGAAAUGGUCGCUGGCAAGCCUCUGCCCAUGGCCCUGGGCCACACUGUGGCCGGCGCAAAGGAGCUCUCAGGACUGCUCAGCACCACCCCCAACACAGCAGCAGAGAGCUCCUGCAGCAGCCCUGCUGCCUCAGCCCUCAUCCCCAGCACGGCCCCCAGCGCCUUCCACGCCCUGCAGAGCAGGCUGGUGGCCAGCAGCACCCACGGGCUGCCAGCCCAGCCACCCACCACCCUCCAAGGAGCAGCCUCUGCCAGCAGCCUGCUGCAAGGGCUGAGCUUCAGCCUGCAGGACAUUGGCACCAAGUCCUCCUCCCUGCCUGCCAGCGUGGCUGCAGCAGCGUCCCCAGUGCAGACCUCAGCUGUGAAGAGCCCUGCACCUAUCCAGAGCCUGAGUGCCAUGACCACAGGCACUGGCACUAUCGUCCGCACCAUCCCUGUCGCCACCUCCUUGUCCCUAGGAGCCUCAGCCAGUGGGAAGCCCACAGCCAUUCACCACCUGCUGACCAAUGGGGGCCUGGCCAAGCUGGCCAGCAGCCUCCCUGGCCUGGCCCAGAUCUCCAACCAGGCUGCAGGCUUGAAGGCCCCAACAACCAUCACUGUGACACUGCGUGGGCAGCCCAGCAGAGUGUCCACACUUAGCCAGGCCACCAUGGGGACUGUCCAGCCCCAGCUGGAGGAGCAGCCCAUGCAGACCCAGGCCCCUCAGUGACCAGCAGCAGCCCCAUGGAGCUGCUCGACGUCAGGUCUGACACCAGGCUGCCUGCGCUCACCACAUCCGUGAUGGCUGAGGCUACCUCUGUGCCCCUCAAGCUGCCUGGCACACAGCCUUCUGCCAGCCUACUCCCCAGUGCCAGCACCUUCACCAGUGCUACACACAGAGGUGGGCCCUGUCCUUCACACUUCUCCCACGGCCUUCAUCCUCACCUCAACGCUGGCUGCAGUGAAGGGCAAUGGACCUCUGGGACACACCGAGGACAAGGGAGCAGUGGAGACCCUGAGGAGGGCUCCACCCAUGGUGGAGCACCAAUAUCUGCACCAGAGAAGCUCAGGCCAGGAGCUGGCACCAUGCUGCUACCGCUGGGCAGCAGCCUGGGCAGAUCCUCCAUCAUCAUCAUCAUCAUCACCACAGCCAGAAGCUGUAGGGACAAUGCCCCCAGCAGGUGGAGAAGACGAAGCCUGGCUGGGUGGGGUGGAAGGAGCAGCCCCCAGGGGCUUGGGGAACUGGUUCAGGCUGGAGCAGAGGCUGGGGAGGGUCAGCUGGGUUUGAUGCUGUUUAAUAAAAA